AUGGGUGGAGGAAAUGCUCGUGCAAUAGACUUGAAUGAAGAGGAUUUUGGCAGUUCCGGAUCUGAAUCUGGAGUACAACACAAAAAAGAGGAAACCGGACGGACUCCAGUCGAAAGCCAGACCAAUUUGCCUCCUAAACAUCGUUCGAGCUUGAAGCUUGACAAAGGCAAGACAAAAGUUAGAGAUAGUACAACAAAUAAAGUAUCUCGGGGAGCUUCAAGCAGCUUAUCUGAAAAUCACAAUGGCACUAGGAAUGAUACAGCAAAUAGUGUAACUGAGGGGUCGGAAGACUCAACCGCUACGACAGGAUCGGCAUCAUCCAAACCAACGGAAAAAGUGAAUCCAUUGGGUGUAACUAUCAUAAUAAAGAUGUCGGAUGGAUCGUUUCAAGACAUCCCUUUGGAAAUCGAUAAUAUUUUAGAAGUGACUGUUUCUCAACUUCGACGUAUGAUUCGUCAAAAGGCUGGAGGAACUACGCUAAAUAGGAGACUACGGCUUAUCUAUGGAGGAAAGAUAUUGAAUGAUCUCACGAAUGUAGCAGUCGAAGUUGCUGGUGUAGAAUUGGCACCUGAUAGUGCCAGUAUAUCAACGACAGGUAGCUCGUCAAAACCUGCACCAAAGGUGGUAAAGGGUCCUAAAUCUAAACGAAUCUACGUUCAUUGUGCUAUCGGUGAUAUUUUAACACCUGCUGAACUUGCCAAAGAAGGAGAAUACGACAAACGAAUUCCCACUCGAAGUACUUUGCCAGAACUGCGUGGCUUCGACAGGCUUCGUGACACAGGAUUUACUGAUGAAGAUAUUGUCCAGCUUAGGCAACAAUUUGGCAGGUUGUAUGGUACAUCACCAGCACCAGGAGCUACAAGUGGUGAGGCACAGCCUAAUAGUGAUGGGGUUGUAGAUACUACAGGUGUGCAGGGUGACCGACGUAACGAAGAAGAAAUGACCAGAUUGGAAGAGCAGUGGAUAGAAACUGGCGUUGCAGAUGGACCGCCUGAUAUCGCAGCCCUGAUGGGAGGUGACUAUCUCGAUGAUUUAGUCGGUACCCUGAUAGGUAUGUUUUUAGGAAUUCUUGUCGUUAUCCUUGUAAACGAAUCCUCGACGUUAUUCUCUAAACGACAACAAAAGUUUAUUCUCUUGGGAUCUGCUGUUAAUAUUUCAUAUGCAUUAUUGCGUAACUUACGCUAA